AUGAUUCACACUGAUAUGAUAGUUGUAAUGGCUAAUAAUAAUGGUGAACCGCCCACCAAAAUGGACUUAUUCGCAAUAGAAGAGGCUACUCCUCCUACAGAUGAAUCAUUAGGUGGUCGAGAUGAUUUAUUUCUCGAAGAUUGAAGCUACACAGAGACUGGCUUUACUGCAGUUGUUUCGAGACUUUUGAUAACUGGCGAUACAUUUGAUCAUAUAAUAAAGCCUAAUUCAGAGAUGGACAUGAUUUGUGCAACCCAAAAAAAAGACAGUUGAACAGAGCAUGAUUUUAGCGGUAAUUUUUAA